AGAACCAUAUGAACCCUAAUUGGAGAUUUGGAGCGGGUUGGGUCAAAACCCUUCUUUCUUGUUCUUCCAGCUCUGUUUAUCUCCAUCUUCUUCAUCCAAAAACAAGCCCAACCUUGGAACCACGUGAACCCUAAUUGGAGAUUUGGGGCGGGUUUUUGACCCAAUUACAAACUGUGGAAAUUGCAUAGAUGAGAAGAGCAGGGGUUGGGGAGGAGGAGGAGGAGGUACCGGAGAUCAAGAACACGGCGCAGAUCAAAAAAGCAGUCCAAUCAAGACUGAUGGUUUCAGUUUCGAUCCCCAACAGAGCUAUAGUGGGCUUCGUUCGACGUCAUAAAGCAGCAAGCAACCCGUGGCGGAUCCUAGACCCGCCGAGGUCCAGUGGAAGAAGGAGCUCUACGCAACUCAUCGGCGUCGUCGGUCUUCCCGUCGAAAUUAAGCACCUUCCCGUCGUCGAAAUUAGGAAGAAUAUGGUUACUGUUCAUGGGUGGAAGGUUCUAUCUAGGCUCUCUAGUUGAAAGUAUAUGAUAAUAUAACAGAAUUUGUAUAAUGUCAAAUCUCUUUUUUUAUUUUUUGAAAGGGGGUCAAAUCUCUUUUAUGAUCACUGAAAAGUAUAAGAUGGAGGCUAAAUCCAAUUCUUCGUUGACCCAGUUUUGUUGAAUAAACGUGAUUUUGAUUAUUAAGUAACCCCUCAAGGACCAAGACUCGAAAGUGAUCUGUUGUGAAUUUGCUACAUAAUGAAUGGUACAAAAGCCCAUCACAACAUAUUCAAAUUCAAAUUUGCAAUAGACUCUCGCCUCCUCCACACAACGCCCGCUCUCUCUAGGAAACGUGUCUUUGAGCAUUUCAGCAGCCAAGAGCUCAAGGCGGAGACCCUCGCAGCCUUCAAUCGCCCUUCAUUUUCUUCCAAGGAGACGCAAUGGUUGAUCAGGUUCAACACCCUACUGUCAUGCAAAAGGUAGCUGGCCAGCUCCUUCAGCAAUCCAUUCAGGGAUAUGAUACUGGCUUCCAAAGACAGGGGAUGUACCAGAGACGUCCUGCAUAUGGAAAUUAUUCCAAUGCUGCAUUGCAAUACCCCAUGAUGCCAGCUUGCAGAGCUACCACUGAUCUGUCCAUGAUUCCAUCAACUGCAUCCCCAGUGUUUGUGCAAGCCCCCGCAGAGAAAAGCCACUUUGUCAUUGAUUUCCUUAUGGGUGGUGUUUCUGGUGCUGUAUCUAAGACCGCUGCUGCUCCCAUUGAGCGUGUCAAGCUUUUGGUUCAGAACCAGGAUGAAAUGAUCAAGUCUGGUCGGUUGUCUCAACCCUACAAGGGCAUUGGUGAGUGCUUCUCCAGAACAAUCAAGGAAGAAGGAUUUGGUUCAUUGUGGAGAGGAAACGCUACCAACGUCAUCCGUUACUUCCCCACUCAGGCGUUCAACUUUGCAUUCAAGGAUUACUUCAAGAGGCUAUUCAAUUUCAAGAAAGACAGGGAUGGUUAUUGGAAGUGGUUUGCUGGUAACUUGGCCUCAGGAGCUGCAGCUGGUGCUUCUUCUUCUUUGUUUGUCUACUCUUUGGACUAUGCUCGUACCCGUUUGACUAAUGAUUCUAAGGCUGUAAAGAUGGGAGGAGAGAGACAAUUCAAUGGUCUGAUUGAUGUGUACAAGAAGACAUUGAAAUCUGAUGGUAUUGCUGGUCUAUACCGUGGAUUCAGUGUAUCAAUUGUUGGUAUCAUUGUUUACCGUGGUUUGUACUUUGGACUGUAUGAUUCACUCAAGCCUGUGGUCCUAACGGGAGGUUUGCAGGAUAGUUUCUUUGCUAGCUUUGCUCUUGGAUGGGUCAUCACUAAUGGUGCUGGUCUUGCUGCCUACCCAAUGGACACUGUUCGUAGAAGAAUGAUGAUGACCUCCGGUGAAGCCGUCAAGUACAAGAGUUCUUUUGAUGCCUUUGCGCAGAUCUUGAAGAAUGAGGGUGCCAAGUCCCUGUUCAAGGGUGCUGGUGCAAACAUCCUCCGUGGCAUUGCUGGUGCUGGUGUCCUUUCUGGUUAUGACAAGUUGCAGCUGAUUGUGUUCGGGAAGAGUUACGGUUCUGGAUCUGGUUAAGAAUGUCUCCUCUCCCAAGCCAGAUAGCUUUUAGAUGAUGAUGAUGAAAAUCUCUUCCUUUUUUUUUUUUUUUUUUUUUAGUCUGAAGUACUUAUUUCGGCAAAAUUUUCCUUGAAUAAUUCAGUUAUAGGGGAGUUGUUCCCAAACAGAUUUUUACAAUGUGGUGUAAAUUUCACACAUAUUUGGAAUUUUAGUCAGAUGAUAUGCAGGUUAUUUUGUGUGUUUCAA